CUUGCAUUGAACUCAUCCACAGCAACAUUGUCUUAAUCUUUGAAAUUCUCAUUUAACGCAGUGAUGCAUUUUGUCAACUCAUUGUACGCGAUUGCAUUGGCUUUUGCCACGACUUCAAUCAACGCGAGCCCUAUAGCCAACCAAGCGGAUGAAUUCGCCACGCUUGAUAAAAGAGCUGUCAUCGACUGCGGAGAAUCAUAUCGAUUCACUACGGCUGCUCAGGAGAAGGGCUACAACGAUGCAAUUGCCCAUCUCGAUGCGGGUACUACCGUGAAAGCUGCAGGAGCCGCGGGAACUGAAUAUCCUCAUUAUUAUGGCGACUCGCAAGGCCUUAUCACAACGUCUGCUUGCACAGGUGCAGGUCUCAUAGACUACCGGGAGUACCCAGUUUUCGUUACAGAUACCACUACAUUUGUUGCUGGAAUGCAAGCUGGCCAGGAACGGGUAGUCAUCGCACGAUUUCCGAACCGUGUACGUGUGAAGUGCGGCAUUAUCAGUCAUCGAGGCCAAACCGGGGGCAACUUCAAGUUCUGCGGCAUUUAGUGGGCUUCAAAAAGCAUACAUAUGUAUCGGAGGAUAGUCUAUGUUUAAUGAUGGUGUUCAGUAACAACCCCGUACGCUGAUGUUUGAAUGAGGCGACUCUUAAACGAAGUGAUCUCACCCACUCCUGUUAUGUUUGUAACCCUCUUCAAAUGAAACAACUCUAC